CACACUUGAAAACGGACAUGACGGGGGUGGGCUGAUAGGAUUUAGUACCACUGGCGGGGACUCAAUAUUAUUUGAUGAGACUAUGUAGAAAGCCUGGGUCUGUAUUUAAUAAUAUUUCUCCUUCAUGAGACGUGUACAUUUCGGAGCCUACUCAUCUGGUACACCGAACCCCAACCACCCAGGAGCAAUUGGAAGUUCAUCCCAAACCACUUCUGCACUGUCAGGAAAUUAAUUCUAGUAGCAAACUUCCUGAUGGAACAGGAAAGACUGAGUAAAGUAAGCACUCCUGGGAAACAGCUCCAUCAUGUGGAGAUCUGUGGCAAUUGCAGGAAAGUUCCCGAAGACUCUGGACCUCCUCCACUUAGUAUAUAUAAACUGGGACAGUCUCACUGCUGAGACAGAAAGCAAGACAAGCAACACCAAGAAGCCAACAGACACCUGAACAGUGUUUCAUCUCACAAGAAGAGGACUCAACACUAAACCCACUGAAGAUGCUGUGCUGUCAUGGAGUCCAGUCUGCACUCAGUCCAUUCAUGGACUUCUACUGGCCUGUACGCAGUCUGUGGCCAGAGAUCAAGCCUCUGUUCUACCAGCAGGAUCUCCUGCAGAGAAACCUACAGGAGCUGUGCAGCAGUCUGGAGCUGAUGGAUAAACUUCAACACAGGAUCCUGGAGGAGACAGAUCCUUUCCAAAGCAGCAUGGCUGUGCAGCCAGUUGCCGUCCAGCUGGAGAAAGAGGGAGACAAGUUUGCUCUGAUGCUGGACACUCGAGGCUUUUCCCCAGAGGAGCUGUCUGUCAGGCAGGUGGGCAGGAAGCUGAGAGUCAGUGGCAAGACAGAGAAGAAGCAGGAGGACGGGAAAGGCUCGUACUCUUACAGACUGCAGGAGUUCAGACAGGAGUUUGAUCUGCCUGAAGGACUGAACCAUCAAACCAUCACCUGCCACCUGUCUCCAGAUGGGAAGCUCCACAUCCAGGCAGCCAAAGCUCCGUGUGUUGAAGAGGCUGAGAGAGAGCUGACUAUCAAGAGGAGCUCAGAGGACAAAGCACAGCAGAGUGUGUGUUCACAGGCAGAAGACAGCAGGACAGAGACACACAGCAGCACACAGGACAAACCUGAAAACAUGGACUGAUUGUUGUUUAUACCAGUGUCAAAUGAAACAUUUUAAUGUAUUUUUUUUUCAAAAUAUGAAUCCACUUUCUCUUUUAACUGCUUUUAUUAAAUGUAUUACCAUGGGUAACCAAGGUAAACCAUGGUUUACGCUUUUGUUCAUAAUAAUGCUUCAAAAAUAAAAUAAAAUUUUUACUCACAUAAUUAUUUUAUAUUAUAAACCUUUAAAAAUAAAACUGUUUUCACUGAAAGUAGGAAAAUGUUAAAUAACCACUAUUGUUUCCAUUUUGGACAAUUGCUGCGCAUGUUUAGCAUUCUAAACUUUCAAUAGAACUGAGUUUACAGACAGUCAGAAACAAGUAUGUAGAUGGAUUCUAUGUUUAACUAGAAAGAGUCAACGAAAAGUAAAAGACUGUAAAAUUUUUACAUAUUUCUUAAAGUGAGAUUUUGGCCUUAGAAUAAAUGUCUUUAUUUUAAAAAUAAACAUCAGCAGGACAGAAACUCAGAGCAACACACAGCACUAAGCUGAAAACAUUAAUGUUGAUGAUAUUGUAAAAUAGAUUUGGAUAUAACUGUUCAACAUAUAAAAUGUCUGUACUUUUUUCUUUUUUAACUGAGUUUUAGUCGUUCAUAUGUUAUUAUAGCAAUGUAAAAUUAUUCAUGCUUUAUUUCACUGUCUCAUGCACUUUUGUAUUGUCAUGGUAAUAUCAUUAAUAAAUUAAAAGCCCACCCUGUACCACUUACAUAUUA